GCCGCGCUGCUCGCCGCGGCGGGAGGGAGGGAGGGGGACGGCUGCCGGGCGGCCAUGCAGGCGCGCUACUCCGUGUCCAGCCCCAACUCCCUGGGCGUGGUGCCGUACCUCGGCGGGGAGCAGAGCUACUACCGAGCGGCGGCGGCGGCGGCCGGCGGGGGCUACGCGGCCAUGCCGGCCCCCAUGAGCGUGUACUCGCACCCGGCCCACGAGCAGUACCCCGGCGGCAUGGCCCGAGCCUACGGGCCCUACACGCCGCCGCCGCAGCCCAAGGAUAUGGUGAAGCCGCCCUACAGCUACAUCGCCCUCAUCACCAUGGCCAUCCAGAACGCCCCCGAGAAGAAGAUCACCCUCAGCGGGAUCUACCAGUUCAUCAUGGACCGCUUCCCCUUCUACCGCGAGAACAAGCAGGGCUGGCAGAACAGCAUCCGCCACAACCUGUCCCUCAACGAGUGCUUCGUCAAGGUGCCCCGCGACGACAAGAAGCCGGGCAAGGGCAGCUACUGGACGCUGGACCCCGACUCCUACAACAUGUUCGAGAACGGCAGCUUCCUGCGGCGCCGCCGCCGCUUCAAGAAGAAGGACGCCGUCAAGGACAAGGAGGAGAAGGACCGCCUGCACCUCAAGGACCAUGCCCCUCCACCGCCGCGCCCGCCGCCCACCGCAGCCACCGGCGCCGAGCCCGAGGGCGGGGGCCCUCCCGCGGCCGGGGCCGCUCCGCCGCCGGUGCGCAUCCAGGACAUCAAGACGGAGAACGGCACGGCCUCCCCGCCGCAGGCCGUGUCCCCGCAGGGCGCCGCGCCGCCGCUGGGCGCCGUGCCCAAGAUCGAGAGCCCCGACAGCAGCAGCAGCCUCUCGAGCGGCGGCAGCCCCCGCGGCGGAGCGCUCCCCGCCGCCCGCUCCCUCGGCAUGGAGGGCCCCGAGCCGCCUCCUCCUCCUCCUCCACCUCCUCCUCCUCCCCCCCCUCCGCACCACCACGGGCCGGGCUUCAGCGUGGACAACAUCAUGACCUCUCUGCGGGGCUCCCCGCAGGCGGCCGAGCUGGGCGCCGGCCUGCUGCCCCCCGCCGCCGCCGCCCCUCGCAGCUCGCUGCCGCCCGCCCUGUCGCUCGGCGCCUAUUCCCCGGGUCACAGCUCCGCGGUGUACGGCUCGCCCUGCGGCCAGCCCGCCGCCGCCGCCGCCGGCUCGUACCACUGCAACAUGCAGGCCAUGAGCCUGUACGCGGCGGCGGGGGGCAACGAGCGGCCCGGCGGCCACCUGCCCGCUGCCAGCCCCGCCGAGGAACCGCUGCCCGACUACGCCAUGCCCGGAGGGGGCGGCGGAGGGGCGGCCAACGGCGGUGCGGGGAGCGGCGGCGGCCCGGGCGGCGGCGGCGGGGCGGGGGGCGGCCACCAGGAGGGGCACCAUCCGCACCCGCACCCGCACCAGGGUCGCUUGGCUUCCUGGUACCUCAACCAGGCGGCCGCGGCGGCGGCGGCGGCGGCGGCGGCGGCGGGGGAGCUGGGAUACGCGGGGCCGCAGCAAAGUUUCGCCGCCGGUCCGCGGGACGUCUUCGAAGCGCCGCGGAUGGGGCUCAGCGCCUCGCCCGGAGGUGGAGGAGGCGGCGGCAACGCGGGGAGCGGCGGCGGCGGAGGAGCGGGGGGCGGUGGCAGCUGUCAGAUGGCUUUCCCCGGCAGCCAGCCGCUGUACCGCGCCUCGGGGGCCUUCGUCUACGACUGCGGCAAGUUCUGAGCGCGGCCCGCCGCCCGCAACCCGAGUGCGGGGCGGUGAGAGGACGGCGGUGCCCGCUCCCACUUGGAUGGUGCGGACCAAACGCCACAAAGUGUUUCCCCUUCCCCGAGAAGUGUCGUUAACACGGACUGAAACGCCGAUUUUUUUUUUUCCACUCUAUAUAUAUAUAUAAAAAAAACAAAGGGAAACUGUAUUAAUCUUAUUCUAUCAAUAUUUUUUUUUUCUCGUUGAAAAUAUCCCGAAGGUAUCGCGUUGUUUGUUUAUUAAUAAAUUACCGUUCAGUUGGAAUGA